ACAUCUGCGACACACGCGGAAGGGGAAAAUGAAAAGAAGCUGAAAGGGAUUUAGCUGCAGUGUUUUCCCUUUAUUGUUGCCGUUAAAUUCUCCGACAUGGUACUCGGAGCCCCGGCACUCACACUACGUUAAUUGGGGGCACAUCCGCUACAGCGUGUCUCCACUCCCGAGUUGGCAAAAGAGACAAGGCAACGCUUUUAUUUUCUUCGGAUUUGGGAAGAUACCGCCGGCCUCAGAGGGGGAUGUCUCAGAAGAAUUUGGAGAGGAGGUGAAUUGCAGGAGAAAGCUUUGCCCAAAUGGCGCCGACGCCCCCGUCAGCAGAUUCACCGAGUCACGAUGAGAAGACGAGACGGAAUGUGGCGUGCGUGAACUGCCGGAAUUCAAAGGUUCGGUGCAAAUCAAGUGCCAUUCCUGGCCAACCAUGCCAGAGAUGUGCCAAACUGCAAAUCUCAUGUGUUGUCGACAAAUCUCACAAGAGGGUGACUAAACGAAGCAAGCUGGAACAGCUCGAACAAGAGCUACGAAGCAUCCAACAAGUCGUCAACAACAAAAAGGCCAACGAUGAAUCUGCCUGGUCACCUCCCAGCCCCUUGGCACCCUUCUCCGCAUCUUCAGUCAAGGCAACGCCCUCAGCCGCCCAGAAAUCAGUGCGAACUCCUCUCUCCAUUCAACUUGUACCGUCGCCGCAACCUCCUGAGAAGAGGCAAAAGAAGACUGGGCCUACAGAAACUCGCGUUCUUGAUUCCAUAAUUAUUUCCGGGCAAGAUAUCGACUACUACUUUAGCAAAUAUCUCCAAUACUUCCAUCCCUUUCUCCCAAUCCUACGCAAAAAGGAGCCUGAUGAAUGCUACGAUGCACAGCCCAUGCUCUUCUGGGCCGUACUAUACGUGUCAUGUCGCCGGUACGCAAAGGAUACCCAGCUCUUCACCGCCCUCGUCGAGCAUAUGACCAAGAACCUCUGGUCCAUGAUGUCCAACGCCGUGUUGGGCCUUGACGAGAUCCACGCCAUCCUCCUCAUCUGCGCAUGGCCCUACCCGACCAUCCGCUUCGUUACGGAUCCAUCAUCCAUGUUGGUGAGCAUUGCCAUGAACGCGUGUACCUCGCUUGGUCUUCACACCGGCCGGGGAUCGCACCCUCAGUUCUGUGUUGGAAGUCGACAUGGCUAUACGUCUACCGAUGAGGAGGCUUCGUCAACCUGGAUAGCAUGCGUUCUACUAGCCCAAAAGAUAUCAUCAGGCGCAGGCCUUCCUCCUCCAUUCAUUCAGUACAGCGACACGCGUUGCAAAGCCUCUCUUGAAUCCAACUACUGGGCCGACCUGCUAGCCACGUACGAACUCCAGCGCUUCCUCAACCGCUUUCACAUGGCAAUGUACGCGCAGACAUCCAACGUGGGCAGCGUCCCCGAGAGCGCCGUCGCGGUAUGGGAAAACGAGCUGGAGACGCUCAAACCGCUGCUUGUCCGCUUCGACACAGAGGUAUCUCGUGUCUUUAGACUCGCAGCCCAGCUAGAAAUUCAGCUCUUCUACUUCAUGUCUCCCUCCACCAUCACCGCAAACAACAACAACUUUACCAUCCACACGAACUACAGCACCGUCCCACCUCAACCCAAACCCCCAGCUUCAACCCCAGCGCCAGCCCCCUCAUCAAAUCCAACCCUCCAGCUCAACGCUCUCAAAACCUUCACCACCGCCCGCACUCUCAUCCACACCGUCCUCGACCUCGACUCCCGCUCCAAAUUCAUCGUCCACUGCCCCGCCGUCCUCUGCCGCGCCCUCACCGACGCCGCAAACACAAUCGUCUAUCUCCUCCACUCCACAUGGGGUCCCAGCCCGGACUCUCUCUCCGCCGAGGAGGCCGACCUCCUCGCCCAGCAGGCCUACACCGCCAUCAUGCGAUGCUCCGUCAAGGAACAGGACAUCUGGUACCGGGGCAGCGUCAUCAUGGAAACCUUUUGGUCUUUCAGGAGAUACGUGCCCCGGUUCGACACCGUGCCUCCUUCGUGGGUGAGCCGUGGCGGGGCGGGCAUCACGUUUGCCUGUCUAGAAAAAUUCAAGAACGGCCUGCUCACGGCGCAGAAGAGCACAGAUGGCGUGAAUAAGUGCCUUGAGAUUAUUCAAUUCCGUACAGAUCAAUCUUCAGGCACAAACGCCGUGGCACAAGACCAACAAAUGACAAAUAAUGCACAAGUCACCGAUCCGUUCCAGGACGUGGACUGGUCCAUGUUUAUGGAUGAUUUCGGCUGGGCUGGCGAAGAUGGCGUACUAAUAAGCCUCAUCUAA